AUGAAUCGCUGUUUAUCGGCACGAAGCUUCCGUAUCAUAGAAAAGUCAUUCAAAAGGUUUUCAUCAUCAACUGCUUCAGAAAGCAAUGACCUAGAAUUAAGGUCGCUCGACAUUUCUGGGUUGAAGCCUAGACACAGGAUUGUUGUUAAUGGUGGAGUUCCUCCUGUGGAGUUUGAGUGGGAAAAGCAACGAACGGCAGAGCGGGAACGUUUUGGAGAAUAUGGCUUGAAAAGUAAUGUAAAUAUCGGGAAGCUCUGGCCUUCUGUUGAGGAAGUGGAAGAAGAAUAUGCUUUAGGACUGUAUAGAGAAUAUAACGACGUUGUUAAUGAAUUAAGAAAGCUUACUAACGAGAAAGAGAAGAAGGCAGCUCAACGUGUGGCUGAAUUAGAGAAGAAAGAAGCAAAGUAUCCAGAAUUAUUGGCGAAGUAUGAGGCUAGUCUCAUCAAAGCAGAGAAGGAAAAAGAUGAAAAGGAAGUUGUCUUAGAACGGAGGAUUAGAGAAAUUCAAGAAUAUUUCGGUUAUUGGCUAGAUCCUAAAGACCCUCGGUUUGAAGUUAUGUUACAACAGAAAGAAGCUGAGGAGAAGAAGGCUGAGAAGAUGGCGAAGAGAAUGGAACUUCAGAAGAAAAAAAUUGCAGAAAUAGUCUAG